CACCAAUUGGAUUCCACAUACGGGUAUCUACCCAGGUUUCUGGAUCGGAUCCGUAUGGCCUAAUAUCGUAACAGCGGCCGGAAUACCUGUUACACUAUCCGGCAGGAGCGCAUGGUUGGAACGAUAGGCUCUAGUAGCAGACCCCGAGGAGGGGUUUCUCCUUUGUUGCUAUGUUGGGCACAUCUGUAUGCUCAGGCCAGACGAUCUCACCCAGCGAUCUCCGCGUCGGACAGACAGCUAGUGGGAGCCAUAGCUUCAUACAUAAAUCACACACGUACAUACAUACAUACCGACAUACAGGCUCUGGAGGAGCUUGGGCCAGCUGGGAGCGGUGGCCAUCUUACGGGGACUGACGGA